UAAAAUUACUAAAAACAAAACCCUCGUUCUUGUAUUUGUUACGCAAAGAUUCCUUAGGAGGAAAAAAAAGAAAAAAAUUAAUGAUGUAUCUUCUUAUGAAUCCCCUUAAGGUGGAGGCUCUUUUCAUUGUGAUGAUUAUCAUCUCACCAUCAAUAACAUUUGCAGCAAAACACAUUCCAAAAGGAGAAAAACAAAAAUCACAUCAGAAUGAAUUAUUCGAAGCUGUGAAUGAGUUUUGUGAUACAACUCACCUCAUUAACCUAGAAACAUGCCAAAAGACCCUAAGAUCAGAUCCCAGAAGUGCCUCAGCAAAAGACCAAGGCACUCUUACCACAAUUUCAAUUGAUUUGGCACUUGCAGAGACAACAAAAACCAGAGAUUAUUUAGUCUCCAUUUUACCUAAGAUUCCCAGCAACGACGUAGAAUUACAAUCGGCCCUCAAGGAUUGCAUUUCUGCUUAUCAAUCCGGAGUCGGAAGCCUAGCGAUGUUACCCCAAUCGUACCAGGAAGAUCGUCUUUCAGCAAGCUACGAUAUGUCUAUGGCCUAUCAAACCUUUCAGGGAUGUGAAAACUCUUUGAAUUCCCACAAAAUUGUCGAUCCUUCAAUUUUGGAUGCACACCGGAAUGCUUAUGUGUUUGUUAACCUCACUAUGGAACUUCAGGAAUAAAGUACCAAGUAAGGUACAAAUGGUUAUCCCCGCCUUAUGAGAUUAGAAAAAAAAUGUUGAAAUAAUUUAGAGUCAAAUCAUCAACACUAUAUUUUACUACCAUUAGUGUCACUUGCUCUUUCCAUUGUAAAUAAAGGGGGGAAUGACAGUCUACAUCAUUGUAUUGGUUUAAUGAAAUACUAUAGGCUAUUUUACUAAUGAUUUG